UCCUCUUUUAGAAAAAAAGUUUUCCUGCGGGUGCAGCAUGAAGUGCAGAGAUGGCAAGGAGAGGUAAGACUGUGGUGAGGACGCUGGAAGAUCUGACCCUCGACUCUGGUUAUGGUGGCGCCGCGGACUCGGUCAGGUCCUCCAACUUGUCCCUGUGCUGCUCCGAUUCCCCCCACGCGGCUUACCCCUAUGGAGGAAACGGCUGGCAGCAUCUAACUGACUCCAUGCACAGUAGACACAACAGCUUUGACACCGUCAACACUGUCCUAGUGGAAGACUCCGAGGUGCUGGACUGCUCCGGGCAGCACUGCUCCAGGCUGCUGCCUGACCUUGAGGAGGUCCCCUGGAGCCUCGACGAGGUGGAGGCUCUGCUCCUCCUGCAGCAGCAGCGGCCGGAGCCCAGGGGCCUGGGGGUCGGGGCCACGGCCACGCUCGCCAGCUCCAGCAGCGCCGCCAGCUCCGCCACCCUCAGCAGCUGCGGCGGCGGCGGCAGCCCCCCUUCCAAGGAUGCCCUGGCGCGGCUCUCCACCCUGGCCAGCCGGGCGCUCAUCAGGCUGGCCCGGGAGGCUCAGCGGCUGAGCCUGCGCUUCGCCAAAUGCACCAAGUACGAGCUCCAGAGCGCCAUGGAGAUCGUCCUGGGCUGGAGCCUCUCGGCCAGCUGCACGGCGGCGGCCCUCAGCGCCCUGUCCCUCUACAACAUGAGCAGCAGCGGCGGUGACCGCUUCAGCCGGGGCAAGUCGACCCGCUGCGGCCUCACCUUCUCGGUGGGCAAGUUCUACCGCUGGAUGGUGGACAGCCGGGUGGCGGUGCGCAUCCACGAGCACGCCGCCAUCUACCUGACCGCCUGCAUGGAAAACCUCUUCCGAGAGGUCUACGCGCGGGCCCUCCACAGCAACAGCACCAGCCACGAUGCGCCAAAGUUUACGCUGGAAUCCCUGGAGCAGACGGUCAGCAACGACUCGGAGCUGUGGGGGCUGCUGCAGCCCUACCAGCACCUCAUCUGCGGGAAAAACGCCAGCGGUGUUCCAUGCCUGCCAGAAAGUCUAAAUCUUCACAAAGACCAGCAAAGGUCAAACAAGCCAGGGGAAGUCCAGAUGUUCAGCCAAUCGGAGUUACGGACCAUUGAGCAAUCUUUACUGGCAACACGGGUGGGAAGUAUUGCAGAACUCAGUGACUUGGUGGCUCGAGCAAUGCAUCACCUUCAGCCACUCUGUGCAAAGCAGCAUAGCAACAGCACUCCCAUGCAUCACAAGCCAGGAUCAUUAUAUUGGGAACCAGAGGCAUUAUACACACUUUGUUAUUUUAUGCACUGCCCCCAGAUGGAAUGGGAGAACCCAAAUGUGGAGCCUUCCAAAGUCACACUACAGACAGAAAGGCCUUUCAUAGUGCUGCCACCUCUGAUGGAAUGGAUAAGAGUGGCUCUGGCUCAUGCAGGGCACCGCCGCAGCUUCUCUGUGGAUAGCGACGAUAUACGGCAAGCAGCCAGACUCUUGCUGCCGGGAGUUGACUGCGAACCUCGACAGUUGAAGAUUGAUGACUGUUUCUGUGCUUCCCGGAAGCUGGAUGCUGUGGCCAUAGAAGCAAAAUUCAAGCAAGAUUUGGGAUUCCGAAUGCUGACCUGUGGCCGAACAGAUCUGGUCAAGCAGGCCAUUUCUUUGCUGGGUCCUGAUGGAAUUAACAGCAUGAGUGAGCAGGGCAUGACUCCAUUGAUGUACGCUUGUGUGAGGGGAGAUGAGGCCAUGGUCCAGAUGCUGCUAGAUGCUGGAGCAGAUCUAAAUGCUGAGGUUGUCAGUACUCCUCAUAAAUACCCAUCCGUCCACCCCGAGACCCGCCAUUGGACAGCCCUGACAUUUGCUGUGUUGCAUGGACAUAUUCCUGUAGUUCAGCUGUUGCUGGACGCGGGAGCCAAAGUAGAAGGUUCUUUGGAACAAGGAGAUGAAAACUAUUCUGAAACUCCUUUGCAACUUGCAGCAGCUGCUGGUAAUUUUGAGCUGGUCAGCUUGCUUUUGGAACGAGGUGCUGACCCUAUGAUUGGAACCAUGUAUCGGAAUGGGAUUUCCAUGACUCCUCAAGGUGACAUGAACUCCUUUAGCCAAGCCGCUGCUCAUGGACACAGAAAUGUGUUUCGUAAGCUGCUUGCUCAGCCAGAGAAGGAGAAAAGCGACAUCCUGUCCCUGGAGGAGAUACUGGCUGAGGGAACUGAUUUGGCAGACGGUGCUCCAGCUCCUUUAUGUGCCAGCCGCAACAGCAAGGCCAAGCUGAAAGCUCUGAAAGAAGCUAUGUAUCACAGCGCUGAACAUGGUUAUGUGGAUGUGACCAUUGACAUCCGGAGCAUAGGUGUCCCAUGGACUCUUCACACAUGGCUUGAGUCCUUGAGAACAGCUUUUCAGCAGCACAGAAGACCUCUCAUCCAGUGCUUGUUGAAAGAAUUCAAAUCCAUUCAGGAGGAAGAAUACACUGAAGAACUCGUUACACAAGGGUUGCCUUUGAUGUUUGAGAUCUUGAAAGCAAGCAAGAAUGAAGUUAUUAGUCAGCAAUUGGCUGUCAUAUUCACUCAUUGCUAUGGACCCUACCCUAUUCCAAAGCUUGUUGAAAUCAAACGCAAGCAGACCUCUCGCUUAGAUCCCCAUUUUCUUAACAAUAAGGAAAUGUCAGAUGUUACAUUCCUUGUAGAAGGAAGACCUUUUUAUGCACACAGGGUAUUACUAUUUACCGCAUCCCCAAGGUUUAAAGCCCUGUUGUCCAGCAAACCAGUAUCCGACAGCACUUGUAUUGAAAUCAGCUAUGUGAAGUAUCCCAUUUUCCAGCUUAUUAUGCAGUAUCUCUAUUAUGGAGGUGCAGAGUCGCUUCUCAUUAAAAACAAUGAAAUAAUGGAGCUUCUGUCUGCUGCUAAAUUUUUCCAGCUUGAAGCAUUGCAACGACACUGUGAGAUCAUCUGUGCAAAAAGUAUCAACACAGAAAAUUGUGUGGAUAUUUAUAAUCAUGCCAAGUUUCUUGGAGUCACAGAACUAGCUUCCUAUUCUGAAGGUUACUUUCUAAAAAAUAUGAUGGUUCUAAUUGAAAACGAAGCUUUCAAACAGCUGCUGUAUGACAAGAAUGGUGACUCCUCUGGCCAAAAUGUACUGCAAGAUUUACAGAGGACGUUGGCAGCACGGAUCCAGUCGAUUCAUUUGUCAUCUUCAAAGGGUUCCAUUGUAUAAAGUUCAGGAAGGGUCCGAUGUUUGGGGAAAGACUCUGCAAGUGAAAUUUUGCUGAUGCAGUUUCUUAAGCGAAUAUACAACAUUCUUUUUUCCUUCUGGAGUGGUUGUGGGCCAAAGGUGCUGUCAUUUACUUGAAUCUUUUCUUGGGCAAGAGGUUGUGGUACAUGUGGCUCCUAUGGGUUUUGGAACUGCAAGGAUAAUAUUGCUGUUCUGUGAGUUACCAGUUGGAUUCUGAAGACAGGAAGUGUUGUUGUGCAGCUAGCACCAACUGAAGCAGCCGGGCCAUGCGUCCCCGGUAAACAACAGAAGCCCCUCAUAACAAGAUGGAUGCCAUGGAACAAUUCUUUGACAAAACCAACAUAUCAGGUUGUUUUUGUUACACGGUGUCAUAACUUUCUGUCAGAACAGUUGUGUCCCUGUCCCAGAAUACAGUUGUAUGAUGCAUUUAAGAAAAAACACACAUAAGACCUGAUAGCUGCUGUUUAGCAAGAGUCAAAGAACUGGUAAGACUGUUACAAAUGAGAAAAUAUAUUGGUAAAUUUUUAGUGGUGGGAACUUUUUAAAAUUGUUCAUAAAAAUGGGGUGGCCUUGUAGUUUAAAACAAACAAACAUCUAUUUCUUAAACUCCAAAUUUUGUUUUCAGCAGAAUUGUAUUUGAGAAUGUAUGUAACAUGUUAUGUUUUCUUUUUUUGUUUUUAGGGGUUUUUUUUAAUGGUAAAAUGUACACUGUGUAAACAUACCUGAAAAGGUUCUGCUCAUAAGCUUUAACCUUAAAGUGGUAUAAUCUUGCCUAAACGGCUAUGGUUACACCAAAGAGGUACAUUACCAAGAACUCUUACAGUAGUUUGGGGUGGGGGGAAAUCUGCAUGCUAAUUGUGGUUUAAGGUUUUAAAAAAGCAACAAAAUUCAACAUGCAUUUGCAUGGUAAUGGUACCUGUGAAAUGUUACGUUUGUGCUUCAUUUUGCCAAGAAAAAAUUGCAAUGUUAGUUCUUUGUCAAACCAGAUUUGUGAAAAUACCAUAUUUCAGGGUUUUGUUUUCUGGAUGUGCACAAUUUCCACAGGGAAAAGUUUUUAAAAAUCAGUGAUUUCUAGUUAUUAUAUGAGAGAGGUCAUUGCUGGGUUGCUAUUACAGAGAAAUGUUGGUAUUUUGCUACUGGGCAGAGGUUAAGAUUAAGAUGAUUUAUUUUAAUUAUAUAUUGAAUAUGUACUAUAGACUGAUUUCUUGCCGUAAAUUGAGAAUGUGUAGAGUAUAUGCUUAUGGCGGUCUCUAACAGGCCUCAAGCUAUUUAGCAACGUAUUUUUAGCAAGACAAACAUAUUAAGUGCCAUACUUAUUCUUGACAAUUUACAUUUGAUCCAACAGUUUCAGGUGGAGAAUUGCAGUAAAGAUUUAUCAGAGGUGUUUCCAUGCUACCUUUUCCUUGGCAAAAUUGUGGUUUGCUGGCAUCCUUGAUGAAAUAAUGGCCAUAUCAUAGUAUUUAGAAAACAGCAUAAAGUAAACCCUAGGUCUUUUAUAAGGUGCUACUUCACAGUGAUAUAUUUUUAAAUGUUCAGAAUAUCAGUUUUUGUAUUAGACAACAGAAUAAGAAGUUGUUCUUUAGCUCCGUUCUGCAGAUUCCCUACGUUGUUUUAACCCAAGUCCUGCAACAACACUGCAAAUUGUUUAAAGUAUCCCCAGUGUUACAGAGGCAAUAGCAUGGCAACUUAAUAAUGAAGUUUUGUUUUUCUUUUUGCACCUGAUCAUAUCAUCUAAGAUUGUAGUAUAGAAUGUGACUGUGAUGGCAACUUGCCUUUCUGUGAAUGUUGCAGAGCUUAGAGGGGGAAAGAAGCUGACCAGUGUUAUUGCUGUUUCCCCUGGUGCUUCCACUAUAUUUGCUGGGCUUCCUUGGAUGCUGAAAACAGUGGUACCCAAAUGAAAAAACACAUCUGAGGGCCUUAUGUCAGUUAAUUACCAAGCUGCCAAAUAGUAAAGUGUUGGUUGAUGUUACAAUGCUGCAAAAAAACCUGUGGUCAUUUCACAAGUGACACCAAGAGUCUGAAAUGUAAUUAUUUGUGGGACAGAAAGCAGGCCAUCUUAAAUUGAGUGCACAUUUUGUUACUUGUAACUGUGCAAGUUUAAGAAUCAAAAACCAGUUUCAAUCAGCGCUUGUGAAAAGUGGCCCAAGGCCUGUGUAAGGACCUCCAUGUUAGUAGGACUAGCCUGUGAGUACCAAGCUGAAAAAUAAGUGUACACGAUGUGGGUCCUAUUAAAAGAGUUUGACUAUU